UGCCGGGCUCCUAACCUCACCCACGCGGGUCGGUAGGUGAGGAUGGGCUGAGCCCCAGGCGCCGCAAGGCGUCAGGAGGGUGUCCCAAGCGUGGAGUGCCAGGGACUGUGGGGAGAGCCAGCCCUCCCCCUCCAGCUGUUCCCAGAUGUCAUUCUGCCCGCCUGGUUCCUGAGCUCCGGGGGAUUCCACGGUUACUAAGCUACUGGUUUUUGUUGACUUUUAAAUAUUUUCUUCUAAGAGAGAGGAGGAGGGGGGCAAAAGCCGGGAAAGAGCAAAUAAAAACAAAUCAAAAUAAGCUCCCCCUCCCCAAAAGAAAGCUAUCCUCUACCAACCACUUACACACAAAUCGAGGGCCUCUGAACAUAGUCAUCUUGCUGGAACAACAACCGUCCAGAACUGAUCUGCCUCUGCCAGUGCCUGUACUCUUCUCCCUUUCUGGUGAAUGAGGGGUGGUGGUGGACCGUCCCCCUGUCUGCAAGCCCUGGGUGCACAAAGGGGCUUCCGGAAAGAGAGGAGGAUGGCCAGUGGGAAUGGGCUCCCUUCGUCCUCGGCCCUGGUGGCCAAGCGCCCCUCCGCCCUGGGCCCAUUCCCCAGAUACAUCUGGAUCCACCAGGACACACCCCAAGACAGCCUAGACAAGACUUGCCAUGAAAUCUGGAAGAGGGUUCAGGGUCUGCCUGAGGCCUUGCAGCCCAGGACCUCAACGGAGCAGCUCUCUGCCCCCCUGGCUGGGACUCCACGAGACAACAGGCUCAGCUUCCAAGAAGAAGCUCUGGAUCUCAGCCAUGGCAAAGAUGAGAUCUCCCUGUUGGUGGAGCAGGAGUUCUUGAGCCUCACCAAGGAGAACCACAUCCUGGUCAAAGAGAGCUCUGGUGAACUGAAGGCACCCGGCAGCUCCCUUGAGGGGCCAAGAGAGCCGGGUCCCUGCAUUCUUAGACCAUCACUGGUGGCAGGCAGUGGUCAACGCCCAGGAGCCUCUGUCAUUAUAGGUGACAAGCUUCUGGAGCAGAAGGUGGCUGUGUCUGUUAUUGGCAGCCGGAAGGACUGUGAUUCUGCCAUGUCUACUGUCACAGGCAUCCUGCGCGCUGCCAAGGUCAAGAAUGUAAAAGGGACAGAGGAUGGGAGCCACAGCUUGGGUGCCUCUAACUCUGAGAUCAGCAAUCUCCUGGCCCAGUUCCCGCUGAAGUCCACCGAAAUGUCCAAGGCCCCUAACAACAAGAUGGUUUUGGAGGAGACAAGGGUCAUCAAGGACUUCCUGCAGAACAGCAUGUUCAGUGGCUCUGGAUCCAGGGAGCCAGCAGGGCUUAGCCCGUUCUUGCUGCUGCCGCCCGCACCUCCUCUGGCAACCCCCAACAAGCUCCCUGAGCUCCCUGCUCAGAAAAGGCAGCUCCCCGUGUUUGCCAAGAUCUGCUCCAAGCCUGAAGCUGACACUGCCAUAGAGGGACACCAUUUGGUGGAACAGAACCCUGGCGCCAAGGAGCUGACCAAGUCUCGAGAGAGCCUCUUCCUCAGUCAGUGGCCCCAGAGCCGGAAGGACACCUGUGGUGAGGAGGGUUGCAGUGACCCAGUGGGUACCAUGUCCAUGACCCUACCAACCAAGAAGACUGCAUGGCCGGCCAAGAAGAACCUGCCUUAUGAGUUCCUCGGGGCCACCAAGAACCCAAGUGGGCAGCUGAGGCUUCGCAGCAAAGUGGAGGUGGACGGGCUGGAGCUGAAACUUAACCCAUCAGUGACAGUUGCUGACAAGAACAACGUCAAGUACACAGGGAAUGUCUUCACCCCACGCUUUGCCACGGCCUUGACCUCAGCCACCCCGAACCAGCCACUGUGGCUGAACCUCAACUACCCACCUCUGCCGGUGUUCACAAAUCAUUCCACCUUCCCACAGUAUCAGGGCCUGUACCCGCAGAGAGCAGCAAGGAUGCCCUAUCAGCAGGCCCUGCACCCCCAGCUGGGGUGUUACUCCCGACAGGUGACACCGUACAACAACCCACAGCAGAUGGGACAGCAGAUUUUCCGCUCUUCCUACACCCCCCUGCUGAACUACGUCCCCUUCGUCCAGCCCAACUAUCUGUACCCUCAGAGGACACCUCCAAAGCUGUCCACCAAUCCCCGAGACCCUUCCCCUAUGGCAGGAGAUGGGCCACAGUACCUCUUCCCCCAGGCAUAUGGGUUCAACUCGACGUCUGGUGGGCCCCUGAUGAACAGCCCCUAUUUUUCCUCCAGUGGGAAUGGCAUAAAUUUUUAGAUCUCCUUCUCUUCUCCCUCUUUCUCCCUUUACCUAACUUGGAUCAGGGCUAAGGGCUCUGGGAUUCUGCAACUGCUUGGUAUGAAGUUUGGAAAGCCAAGGUUCUGACCAGGUCACAGACAGAAAACAGCAAGACCAGAUUCAUCUAUUGACCAACACUGACAUGCACACAGCCCCCCUCACACACAGCACAACCCCCACCCCCACACGCUACACGCCCCUCUAUUCAUACCACUUGCUCAACUGCAUAUGCACCUGUAUUUAGCUAACAUGAGUGAUUUUUGUUGUUGUUGUUGGUAAAAUAGAAG